UUCUCUCAAACUCUCUCAAAGCCACACAAUUGUAAGACUCUAAGCUUUAAUGAGACGUUUGCAUUUUGAAAACCAUAGAAACCCGUCAUUUGGUGACGUGCACUUCAAUUCCCCCACACCCAUAUUUCUCUGCACCCUAAGCCAGCCCCUUAUAUAUAACCCUUUCAAAAAUCUCUCCUAUUUGCACACCAUCACCAUCAUCUUCAUCAAGGUGCAACUACAACUACAUCAACAUGUAUAGUAUUAGUUCCAGCUCCCAGAAUCAUAAUCCGUCGAAACCCGUUGUCGUCUGUCGUGUUUCGACUUUGUCCAUCAACUCCGACAAUAUACAUGGUUUAGGACAUGAAGAUGAAAAGUCCUAUAGUUGCAGUAAAUGGGGGUGUUUUACAAGGAUCAGCUUUGGUUCCUAGGGUGCAUUGCAGUGAUGGCAACGAGAAGUAUCCGGGACGUGAAAGGCUUAAAAGACACAGAGAAGAGGUUGCAGGUAUUUCCAUACCGGAUAAAUGGGGUAAAGAAGAUUUGCUCACAGACUGGAUGGAUUAUUCUUCGUUUGAUUCAUUGUUAGCUCCCAGUGGACUUGCUUCAGCUCUUAAAGCACUUAUAGCUGAGGGAAGAAGACGUAGUUCGCAACGAUCGAUGAGGAUCAGAAGUAUUAAGCAUCUUACCGAAAAGGAAUUGACGGGUUAUAUUUUCUUUUCAGAAUUGUUGGAUAAGUGAAAAACUUUUUAAAAUCGUUUGA